CAAAAAAUAUAAUUAUUAAAAUAAAUUCUUUUUGUUAAAGAAUGAACCGGAUAUACAAGAAGUCUGGGAUUCAAUACGAAGAAUACGAUGCCUCUGGGAGGGAAAUAUUGAUAAAGCUCUAACGGUGAAUCUCUCAGUAGAUAUGUUGAACCAGGAGAUCGUUACCUUCAGUGGCGACACUGCAGUAGCCAAACUAGAUAUUCAACUCGGUAAAGGACCUUUCGCACCAACAGCCGAUGGACUCAUAAAAAUUGGAGAACCAAUGACCCUAGUAGUCUCCGUAGAAGGUGAUCCUGGUUUUGAUCUCCAGGUGCGCAUUAAAAAUCAUCUUAAUAACGCAUAAUGAUAAUUUAUGUAAUAGAAUUAUAUGUUUUAACAUAUAGAAAAAUG